AUGUGGCAGCAUCUGGUUGGCCUGGAAGGAGGGGAAAAGGCGGCGGGUCUCCUCCCGGUCGUGACCCAGCAAACCCUAUCCCCGAGCGCCUCGCAGCCGCCGCUCGCGCCUCCCAUCCCCGCCGCCGCCUCGCGCCUCCCAUCCCCGCUGGCGUCGUGCGCCUCUUCUCGCCCACGGCGUGGCCGGUUCCUGCUCCGCGUCUGCGCUGGCACGGGGUCCUACUUUUCCCCAUCGCCAUCCUGGCCGCCUCGGCUUCAGCCGAUGGUCGGCCACUCCGCGCGGUGGUGUACGAUGGCGCGGAGGCGGAGCCACGCGCCCACGGCCCUCCGGCCCCGACCAAUCCGCCUCGACUCACCGCCUCCCCUGCUCACCGGAGGAGGAGGCCGAACCAUCCACGAUGCAGGCGUCAUCGUCCUCGAUGUGCGCGUCAUCGCGCAGGAAGGAGGCAUCCUUGCCGCAGGUGGAGCUCCGGCGGCCGAGCUGGCUGCAGCGCCGCCGCCUCGCUCUCGCAGAGCACGAGCCGCCGGGAUGAGCCGCAGGCCGCCGCUUGCGCCCCACCGUGCGAGGACCAGCAGCGCUCGCCAGGGCGGUGGAGCAUGGUGCAGUCAUCGUGCUCGUACAUCUCAGUUCCUGGUCAUCCUCCUCCUCUACAGAACUGAUUGA